UAAACCUACUUCCUCUCGCCAGCAGUCCACGGGGUUUGGGAAGACAGGCAGGGUUAGUUGGCUUGCGCUUGGGGUUUUCGCUUUUAUUGCAAUGACUCUGUAUCGAUCGCCAUGCACCAUUACUGGAUUCAUAAUAGCACAUGCUAAAAUUCUGCUGAACCAGUUUUGCUCAUUGUACAAAAAACAGUAGGCUAGUCAUCGAUUGUAUAUAAACUUCAAUGUAUUAGCAUUUUUCUCGUUCUAUUUAUCUUUGUUUGGGAUUAUCAACUUUUCUCAGCCAUUUCUAAAUAAAUUUUAAAGUGAAGAGGACAAGGGAAAAGAACACUAAACGCACAUUGGCUAUAUCCACUGUAGCCAAGUGCUACUAACUUGUUCUCCAUCGAUUACUUCGUUGGAAGCAGCUACUGAAAUAAGUUUGAGGAGAGGGGCUAACAGCCACAGCCGGUGGUGUGCAGGCUCAAAGGAGGGAUGCCUUCCCCCCACAGUGGAGUGCUGUCACUGGGCAUCCUCUUCAUGACGGUGGGGGGCUUGAUAUUCCUGUGCGUGGGUCAGAUGGUGACCUGGAUUGGUCUUGUGCUGGGCCUGGUUGGAUUUUUCCUGAUGGUGCUGGGCGUCUACAUGGCGAUGAAGUCUCACCCCGUGGCUGUCCCUGGUCACUUUCUGUUACACCCACGCACUGGUACACGCUACAGUCAUCACCAGGCCAUCAGCCUUCAGAGAAGGCUGGACAGGAUCCGCAGGGCUGUGUCGGAGGACAGAGAAGCGGAAAGCGCUCCCCCACCAGAGCCCAAUUUGAACAUUGUCCCAGGAACGCCCCCACCCUGGGACAUGGAGCCGCCACCCUCUUAUGAAACUGUGAUGAAGAGUGCCCUGGGCAACGUCCAGCACCUCUGACCCCCUCAGUCCCGCUAUUACUCAACACAGUGCCUUUACUAUUUUUCAUUGUAGCUGGACACGGUUCCUUGGAACUCAUGUUUAAAAACUGCACCUUAUGAACUCAUAAUGAGUUUGGCAACAGUCUGGCUGAUGUAUUUGGACAAAUGCAUAUUUGUUUUCGAAUAGAGGUCAAGAAAAGAAUGAUACCCUCCAAGGGUCAGAAUGGUGCUGGUUUUAUAGGCUUCUCACAGGAAGCAGUCAUUAACCAAGCCACUGGCGAUUUAACUGCUCAUACUAUUUAAAGAUUUCAGUUUUCCCACAUAAGAGGGAGAAGGAAAGCCAAGGCAGAAUCGCACUGGGGAUCAGCAAGUCCAGGGCAAUGGGACUUUUACCAACUCUGAAACACGAAGAGUUGGUGACACAGUUGGUACAUAAAGUAACAAAACAUAUUCUAUCCAUUAUGUUAAGGGUGUGCGUGUGUGGAGAGGGAGGGGGGGAGAGAGGGGUGCACUGAGAAUUUCUUUAGUGGUUUGAAUCUGGAAUCUAGAAAUACUCCAGGGCAGCGUCCCCCCCAGUCCUCUUUUGACAUCCCUAAUGUCUGCCUCCCAGCUAAUGGCAGAAAGCCCUCAGUAGCAUGCUAUUGAUCCAAGGACAGGUAAAUCCCCAAUCCAUGUAUGCUGGAGCUCUUGGUCUAAGAGAUUAUCUUUAAAAGUUGUCUCAUAAUUGUUUGUCUGUAAGAGGAAUACUCAAUACUUUAAGGCUGUUGAGAUAGGAUGAUUAGCAGACUAUGAUUUUUAGAGAAUCUCAGGUUUUUAUUAAAAUGCGAUAUGCAUGCGUGCAUUUGCUUUGUUCAUACUGCAUUGAGCAGUACAGUCUGUUAGUUAUUAACUGAUCACGUUUUCAACUGCAACAGUUUAAUUCCAGAGUGUUAUUAGCAAGAUGUGGAACAUGGAUCCUUGCACUGGGAGUGUGUGUUUGUGUCCUGUCACAAUUUUAGGUCUUCUCAUAAUUUUAAUUCAACAUGAAAAAGUCACUGUAUUUAUGUCUUACUUGUGUUUCUCUUGGUAAUCUGUCUGACUAUUCAUACAGCUAAAAUAUUGAUCAUCAUUUUUUUAAUGGAAAAAGUACACUUUUUAUAACAGAAUUUAUUACAAAGAGCAUAAUUGAGAAAAUAACCAUUAUUGGUUUACUCUGAAUGUGUUAUCUGAAUAUGCUUUAUUAUGUAUCUGUACAUAUUAAAGUAUGAAUUUUACAUGAUGGUCUGUAAAGUAAAUAAAAUAUAACAUGCAUUGGCUUAA